GAAGUAUAGCAACAUAGCGCUAUUAAAUUGACAGCUGUCACUUUGUGUUUUUGCGAGAUUUUGCCGAUAUUUUGCAAAUCAUUUUCAUAAAAUAAAUUAUAAAUAUUUCGAGUCACAAUGGAGGAUAAUCUCCAGCACGAGGAUUUGCUUAUAAAACUACGGGGCAAGCUCAACGAGGAGAAGAUUAAGCUGUGGGAACCGCCGUAUUUGGGCGCCGACGAUUUGUUCACACAGAGUUUUCAGGAACUCGCAAAGAAGUAUGCAUCAGAUCUAUCACUUGAUGAACAUUUAGUUCUAACUGCGUUGCAUGAGCUGCAACUCAGGUCUAUGGAAAGAGUAAAGGCCAACGAGGAAUUCAAAGACACAGGGCUGGCAACAUUCAGGAUUAAAGUGACAAUACCAAAGGAAAAGCCCAAGAUGUUAAAGAUACAGAAAACUUUAGAUGUGCCGGGUUCUGAUCUUUUAAAUGCAGUUGCUGCAGAGAUUGGUGUUGCAGAAUCUAGGUUAAAACUGAUAUCUAAUGGUAAAUUGGUGAAGUCAAACAUGACACUAAAUGAGCAAAAUGUCAAGAAUGGCACCCAACUUAUGGCACUUGUGUUGGAUGCCAGUCCAGAUGAGGUGAAGAAAGAAGACAACUUGUACAUAGAGAUGAAGACAACGAGAGAUGAUGCCACCAUGCUCUCUGAGUAUGUCAGCCAGCUGGCCGACUAUGAUGAGUACAUGAAGCUGGAAGACCAGUCCGGUAAGGCGGUGGAGCUGCCCCCGGCGGAGAAGAAGUCCCUGCUGGUGGGGUUGGCGCUGCACGAGCGAGGUCGGGCAGCUAUCAAACAGAAGGACUAUUCUCUUGCUUUGGUCUUGCUUCUAGAAGCUGAUAGGCAGUUCAACGAGUGCCGGUCCUCGCUGCUGCAGACUGUGGACAACUGGGGCGUGCUGCAGCUGGACAUAGCGUGGUGCUACGCGGGGCUGCGCAGCGUGGCCGCCGCGGCGGAUGCGGCGCGACGCCUGGCCGCCGCCGAGCGCGCGCUGCGGGACACAUACGGCCCCGACCAGCGCCGCCUGCUCGAGCUCAAGGGCAACGCGGCGAACGAGCGCGUGCUGCUGAUGCGGCUCUACCUGCUGCAGGGCAUCGUCGCCUUCCACCAGAACAGGCGCGCUGACGCCAAGGACCUGCUCGAAAAGGCGGAGGCCGAGCUCAACAAUUUGAGGGUGGACGAGUCUGCGGUGAGCCGGCUGAUGGAGCUGGGGUGGUCGCGUGCCCAGGCCCGCGUGGGGCUGCGCGGCGCCUCGGGAGACCCCGACCGCGCCCACCUGCAGCUGGCAGCGCGCGCAGACCAGCGCGAGCAGCAUCGCCGGGACAGACGUCUCCGCCUGCAGCGCACGUGCUCGGACGGGUCGGCGCUGGACGGGGGGCUGGUGCGGCAGCUGGAGGCGCAGGGGUUCGCGCGCCCGCUCGCCGCCAUGGCGCUGCGACACAACAACAACGACCUGCAGGCCGCGCUGCGGGACCUCACAUCGCUGCGGGAACAUCCACAGCUGCUGUUCGAGAUGCUGGAUCAAGUGGUGGACUCCGACUCGGACUCGCCUUCUGAACCGGACAACAAGCUCAUUGCAGAGCUGGAGGGGAUGGGGUACUCGGGGGAGAUGGUCCGGCGCGCGCUGCGAGCCGGACACAACGAGCUGCACGCCGCGCUCGACCUGCUGCUGGCCGGACACGCCGGACGCGCCGGACACGCCGGACACGCAGCCACAUCUGAGAGUAGGGUGUCCGGGGAGGAGGAGGGAGGCAACCCCUCCACCAGCACCGCGGAGACCUCGCGCACCAAGUUGAAGCAGGAGUGGGAGAGGAAGAAGGAGUGCGACCGCGCGCUGGAGCGGCUGUCGUCGGCCAUCCGCGGUGAUGAAGAUGACUACCUCGAUACCUCACUCAUGGAGGAGGAGCAGUACCUCGCGGAGUACAAGUCCCUCCUCUAGAUCUCCUCUUGCACCUGGAUUCCACAAAACGUUAUAUAGAACUUGUAGUAAACAAUAGAGUUAUGUGCAACACAUUCAUGGCUUUCUAAUGUUUAUGUCUCAUACUCCUACUCAAUCCUCUAUAGAGGCUCUUACUUUUUCCCUCUUUCUCCUUUUACAGCUCGACCUUUGUUAAAUGAAGAAAAUUUCUCAUUUUUUAUCUGUAGAAAUUUUCAAGUAAUAGACAAUUUUCUAGGAGAAAAGAAGAGCCAUCUAGAAUAUGCUGCUGUUUUAUUGUCGUGCGUGUUGUAAUAAAAUAUCGAGUUUAAGAAUUUAAUUAUUCCUUUAUUUAUAAAUGUCAUUUAACCGAUUGAUGUUAUAAUAAUAAUAAGUGUCAACACACGAAGCUGGGUUGCCAGCUU